AGUUUCUAUUUUCACGUUGUAGUUAGCGCUGCUGAGGGCGAUUUAAUUGUUAUUGUUAGCAGGGAAGCGCUUUAGUUAAAACACAGAUGAAAGUGCAUUGAGAAAGACAUCAUAUAUGUGAAAGAGAAGCACGUUGACAAAUGAGAAAAGAUCAAAACUGAAUUAACAGAAAUAUGAACAAUGCUGAUUCAGCCACGAGAAAGCAUGCAAGUUCACGAGAGCUUCAGACUCCCAAGAAUGAGGAUGCAUACGAAAUCUCCAUUCCCUUUGAAGAUAACAACUUUGAGCAGCAGGGAGGCUUUUACAACCAGAAUGACCAGAAUUUUGAUGGUAGUGAUCCGCCAGCACCGGGCAGCUCGUACCUGUUAAUCACUAACUUGCGCACACAACUGCAGAUCUCACUGGAAAAAAAUUCAUGGCUGCAGAAACGCAUCGAGGACCUGGAAGAGGAGAGAGACUUCCUGCGCUGCCAGCUCGAUCGCUUUAUUUUCUCAACUAAGAGUCAGGAGAGCAACGGAAAUGAUUCCAGGUGUUUUUCUUGGAGGAGGAGACGAGAGACUGAUCGAGAUCAACAAGCAGAGAGCCAGCGGUCAGCCAACCGUCAAUCAUUCCAGCAGAGGCCAUCCCAACAAACCUCAGCCAAUCCCAAAGUCAUGAGCUCUGGGCCUGGUCCAGUCACUGUUCAGAUGAAUUCCAUGUUUGGACCCGCCCACCCUCAGACACUUUUACAGGCCCACGGUGUCGGCAGCACCAGCAGCAGUUGCAGUAGUACCAACAGACUCAAUAAACUGCAUGAAUCUCUUUCUCUUCUGGGAGAUGAAAAUGACGAAUACCUGGAGGAUAGCUACCUGGAGGAAGAGGAAAUGAUGUCAGGAGAGGAUGUGAUAUCAGAAAACAUGUCUCAACAGAAUAUGGGCGCAGCUGGAAGACCCACCGGCACUCAUCCAGCACUGAAGAGGAGGAGGGUCUUCAGAAUCCCCAGAGGGAGGGAGAGACAGAGAGUGAAAGAUGCAGCAGGUGUGUUGUUCCGCUAUAAAAAGAUCCUGGUGACAUACCAGAGGCUAAAAAACAUGUCGAAGGCCUUCCAGAUCCAUGGAGUCGAUCGUAACACAGUGGCCUCUACCACACCCAUUGCUGAGCUUCUGCUGGUGGCCCCGGAGAAGGUGGCUGAGGUUGGCGAGUUCGACCCAUCCAAAGAAAAGCUUCUGGACUACGCCCGGCGCUGUUACAUCGCCCUCGACCCCCAGACUCUCAGCAAAGUGCAAGCUCUGAAAAAAAACAACCUGCUCCUGCCCAUCUCCUACAGGUUGAAAGGAACUGAUAAUCGAUAAUUGGAAGAACACAAGGAGCAACUGAUUCUUAUCCUGCUGUAUCGUGAAACCCCUGCACUGUAUUUUACUGUUCUAUAGAACACACAUUUACCGUCUCAACCUCCAUUCUGCUGUUCGGAAUACUCUGAACCAAGUGUACUAUUACCUCUGUUCUCCACCACAACCCUCACUCAUAGAGCUGUACACUCACAGCUGUGGAUGGGCUGCAUACUUGUACUUUUAGAUUUUAUCCCAUUGUUUCAUAAUAGACUUGGAUCUGUUGAGUGAUUUUUAUUUAUUGUAGCUAUGGUUGAAGGUCAAGAAUUGGCAAUUCAAUCAAACAAGCCCUCUGUCAUGUGUAGCACUAUGGCAGUGUUUGUUGCACAUAAGUUCUCUAUCUGGGAUCAUUAGACCCAUUCAGCGGGGCCAAAUUUGUGCCCUGGUUCUCUGUAUCUUGUAGCACUUACCUGACUGACUGAAGGACUUUCCCCAGUCAAUAUGAACUAUUGGUGUAGGUUCUUCAGAGAACCAGUGUAUUUCACCUGUUUUACACUGUGCUACUGUACUUUCUUAAUUGAACCCCAUUGGAUUUGAUUUCUGGAGUUUUUGUGCAUGUGUCUCCUAAUAGACGACACUGACUGUUCAGCAUGUGAAAAGUUUAUAUUGUGUAAAUCAGUUCAUGUUAAAACAGUUGGUAAUAGUACUGGUCUAGUCUAGUACAUACAGUGCAGACGCUAAUGUUUGUCCAUGAUUGUGUGAGAGUAUGAGUGAGUGUACAAGUGUUCAAGUUUUAACUGGUGCUGAAGUUCAUCUGAAAUGUUUAAACUGUGUGUGUGUGUGUGUGUGAGAUUAAAAUAUUCAUGGCUCCUUUGAGCAGAGAUUCAAACCUACAAGUGGAGUGAUUAUCUUUUCAUCACAGUAUUCUUCAUUAUCAAAUCAACAAGUUUGCUUUAGCUUGCACGUUCAAUGUAAUUUUGCUGUCCGCUACCUUUGAUUACGGGUCAGGACUCUAGUAGAUUUCAGUUAUGCCUCAGGAACCAAUAAUUUGUUUAUAUUUCAAUUACAGUUCAGUUGAUCAUAAAAUACUGAAAGUUGACUAUUUUCCACUCUUGUUUUUUAAUUUCCAUGUUGUAUUUCACAUUGAGCUGAGAGUAGCCACGAAGCUGUUUAUAGUCUGGUCUUUUUUGUCAUACUAAGAGAAACAUUUAUGAAAUGUUCAACUGAUUCUUCAUAUUGUAAAUGACACUAAAGUGUUUGAUUUACUACU